AAAUUUUUUGGGUUAGUUUAGUUUUCCAUACUUGUGUUGGAGUUUGGAGUGGGUUAUGAAUAUUUUGUGAAGAAAUUUGGAUUUUUAAAGUGGAAAGAUCCGCAAUGGCAUCGAAGUUGUCUUUACCUGUUGAGGUCCUGCAAAACCUUAAAUGCUCGCUGUGUAUGUUAGAGCUGUCGGUGUAUCCUGUACAUAUUAAAAUAGAUGGAAAAAUGGCUGUAUGUGGUCGGUGCAAAGUACCAAAUGAUCUUGACUAUAUCCGGGAUGAAGCCUAUGAGCUGAUCGCUCAAUUUAUAUUGUUCACGUGCCCUCAGGAACGUAAUGGUUGUAAAGUUCAGCUGACUCCUUUAAAUAUGAAGGAUCAUGAAUUGGCCUGUACUUACAAGAAAAUAGCUUGUCCAAGUAAAGCUUAUUUAAGAUGUGAGUGGUGUGGACCCCAUUCUGAUCUUAAGAAGCAUUUUGAAGAAUCGCACAAAGAGUUGUUGCUUACUGAUCAAAAAUUUGAAGUAAACUUUGUUAACAGUCUUAAAGAGAGCUUGCUUUUGCCCUUUAAAAAUGAAAUUUUCAUAAUCAAAAAUGAAGUUGAUGCUAGAACCCAAACAUUGACUUGUGAGGUGGAACACAUUAUCCAAAAAGAAAAUCCAGCCAAGUAUAAUUAUCAUCUAAGGCUGGACACUGGAAAUCAAACCUAUUCAUAUAAAUGCCCGCAAAGAAGUACUUCACCUGCAUCUGAUGAGAGAGUCACAAAACUUCUAUCCCAAUUUAUCAAUGACCAGUUAUGCAGGCCUGCUACAAUCAUAGCAACCGUUGAAAUUGUUGAGAAAAAUUUUGCAGAGGAAGUUGAAGAAGACGUAAAAGGAGAUACUGUUAAAAAUCCUGAAAUAGAUUGGGAAAUGCUUUCGGAUUUAGAAUGUCCAGUAUGUUUUGAAUAUAUGCCGCCACCCAUAUAUCAGUGCCUAACGGGUCACUGCAUUUGUGCCACUUGCAAACCAAGUUUGAAGGAAUGCCCGAUCUGUAAAGCAGAAUUAGACAAUACCCAAAACUUUACGCUUGAAAAAGUGGCCAUGAAACUCAACUAUCCUUGCAAAUAUUACAAGAUGGGUUGUCCCGAAAGUUUUAAAUCCACAGAAAUUAGAACCCACGAAGAGAGUUGUGAAUAUGGCCCGUACGAUUGUCCCGUAGGAGAGCUCACAAGUUGCAAGGAGAAAUGCAACCGCAGCAAAAUCAUAAACCACAUUGAAAUUUAUCAUGGAAAUUACAUUUUAAAGUCUGAUCGUAUCAAUAUUGCAAUGGAUGACGCCAAGCAAGAAUGUGACCGGUACUAUUUGAUCAAGUUUCGAUCGAAACUUUUUAAGCUUUGUUUCGCAUACCGCGAGGAGGUGUUCAAGUGGGUGCUGCAACUGGUCGGACCCGCUGAGGAGAGUAAAAAUUAUAAAUAUGAAAUUGACAUUAUCGACAACACGCAGAACAAUUUGAAGUCAUGCGUGAGGGCUCUGUGCCGUCCCUACACUAAACACGAAAAGUGUUUCGACGGAUCCGGCAACGUUGAGUUUUUAAAUAAGCAAAUUUCUAAUUAUAUUACAGAUACCUUGAGUUUUAGAAUUAGAGUUUUAAGCCAAUAAGUUUUCGAGACAUGUAAUGAUUAAAAUUACACUUUUUGUAUAAAUUGCGGAACUGUUAUUAUUCUUUUUUAUUUUCUUUUACAAUUUUUUUUACAAUCUCGAUAAGUGUUUUUAAGCAAAACAUCAAAAAAUUAAAAAGAAAAUUAAGCGA